ACGCCCUCCGAGGGGUGACCCGAGACGUAUCCUGUCAACGCUCUCUGUUCUCUGCGGUUGCCAGGCAGAUUCCGUCCUCUUGGGUGCGCUCGCGCGAAAUCACACGCUUCGUAUGCGCGUGCACGGACCGCUCCCAUGCGCGGCCCCGCGGCGGGCCGGUCCUGUGGGGACGGGAUCGGAUGAAGCGAGAGGAGAGGCCUUGACAGAGAGCAGGCUGAACGCAGGGUGUGAGGAGAGGACACAUUGAGGGAGGACCCCUGGCAGUCACACGCCGGCCAUACAGUCACAGAGCUGACAAAUCCCGCCGGGUGGAGGAGCACGGAGAGGGGGGCUCUGCACUGGGCAUGACGGGUGUAUGACAGGGGGCUUGGCAUGGCCGAGAGGGGGGGCUGCGCGCUCCUGGACUCCUUGCCGAUGGAUAUUCGGGAGAGUUUGGCCGAACUGGAGCUGGAACUCUCGGAAGGAGAUAUAACUCAAAAGGGAUAUGAGAAGAAGAGAGCCAAAUUGCUUGCACGUUACAUCCCACUCAUUCAAGGAGUAGAUCCAUCCUUGCAAACGGAAAGCAAGCUUGCAGGAUCCUCACAAAUUACUUUAACCACAAACAAGCAACAAAGGUCCCGUUCCACCAGCUCACGGGAUGAGCGCUUUCGAUCGGAUGUUCACACAGAAGCAGUACAAGCAGCUUUGGCCAAAUACAAGGAAAGGAAAAUGCCAAUGCCUUCCAAAAGACGUUCUGCCGUUCAGUCCUCUGUAGAGACUUACACUCCACCUGACACCUCGUCAGCCUCGGAGGAUGAGGGCUCAUUGCUCCGUCAGGGACGCAUCACAUCCACUCCGCUCCAGGGUCAUUCUAACGUGGAGCCCUGGAUUAGCAGGGUAACCCAGGGCUCCUCCACCUCAUCAUCAGCAUCUUCCACCUCAUCUCACCCAGGAGCCAAGCCUGAUGCCUCCAAAAGCUGCUCUGUCACCGCAGCUGCCAACUUACUAGCAGACCUCAUGGCACAUGCCCGGAUAGAAAGUAUUUCAGCACCACCGGAUGUAACCACUGGGCUCAUAGGACAUCCACAUCAUGAGCGCCCACAGGUUGCCUCUGUGCGUGGUGUGCCGAGGGGAUUCAAUAGUAGCAUCUUGGAAACCGCAAAUGGGGUGCCAGUGAACAGCAGAGUAUCCUCCAAGAUUCAACAACUCCUCAACACUCUAAAAAGGCCGAAGCGUCCACCUCUCAGAGAGUUCUUUGUGGAUGAUUUUGAGGAGCUUCUUGAAGUCCAGCAGCCUGAUCCCAACCAGCCAAAAGUAGAGGGCACAGAGAUGGCUCUGCUCAAAGGAGAACCCAUCGGAGUUGUAUCUAACUGGCCCCCUUCAUUGCUUACUGCUCUCCAACGCUGGGGUACUACACAGCCAAAAGCUCCGUGUCUGACAUCUCUAGAUACUACCGGAAAAUCCGUGUACACACUCACCUAUGGCAAGUUAUGGAGUCGGAGUGUUAAACUUGCAUACACUCUCCUAAACAAGAUGACCAAUAAAAGUGAGCCAAUGCUCAAACCAGGAGACCGGGUGGCUCUUGUGUUUCCUAACAGCGAUCCUGUGAUGUUUAUGGUAGCAUUUUAUGGCUGCCUCCUUUCUGACUUUAUUCCUGUACCCAUAGAAGUGCCAUUGACCAGAAAGGAUGCUGGAAGCCAGCAGAUUGGUUUUCUUUUGGGAAGUUGUGGGGUGUCUCUGGCUCUUACAACAGAUGCUUGUCAGAAGGGACUUCCAAAAUCUCAGACCGGUGACGUGGUGACAUUCAAAGGAUGGCCUCGCCUAAACUGGUUUGUUAUUGAUGGAAAACACUUAAUGAAGCCUCCCAAGGAUUGGGCACCCCACAUCAGAGAUGCCAGCAGUGAUGCAGCUUAUAUAGAGUAUAAAACCAGCAAGGAGGGCAGCACCAUGGGAGUCACCGUGUCUCAGGCUGCCAUGCUGGCACAUUGCCAUGCACUGACACAGGCAUGUGGCUAUUCUGAAGCGGAAACCUUAACCAAUGUUCUAGACUUCAAGAGGGAUGCUGGUCUGUGGCAUGGAGUGCUGACGAGCGUGAUGAACAGAAUGCAUGUGGUCAGCAUCCCAUAUGCCCUAAUGAAAGUGAAUCCUCUCUCCUGGAUACAGAAAGUCAGCACUUACAAAGCUCGUGUGGCUCUGGUGAAAUCUCGGGACAUGCAUUGGUCCCUCCUGGCACAGAGAGACCAACGGGAUGUGAGUCUUAAUUCUCUGCGAAUGCUGAUCGUGGCAGAUGGAGCAAAUCCAUGGUCCAUAUCUUCCUGCGAUGCCUUUCUCAAUGUCUUCCAGUGUCGAGGUCUAAGACCUGAAGUAAUCUCUCCUUGUGCCAGCUCAUCUGAGGCACUCACUGUUUCUAUGCGCAGACCUCCAGAUAUGGGAGGUGUGCCCCCUGGAAAAGCAGUCCUGUCCAUGAAUAGCCUGUCCUAUGGCGUCAUCCGAGCAGACACUGAAGAGAAGCUCUCUGUACUGACUGUUCAGGAUGUAGGACAGAUUCUCCCUGGAGCUAGCAUCUGUGUAGUGAAGGCAGAAGGAGCACCACACUUGUGCAAAACAGAUGAGAUCGGAGAGCUGUGCGUUUCAUCCCAUUCCACAGGGACUGCAUACUAUGGUCUUCAAGGCAUUACAAAGAAUGUGUUUGAGACGAUUCCACUUACUGCCAAUGGAGAUCCUGUGUCUAACCAGCAUUUCACAAGAACUGGGUUACUUGGAUUUGUUGGACCAGAGCGAUUGGUGUUCGUUGUUGGGAAAGUAGAUGGACAAAUGUGUGUUAGUGGACGUAGACACAGUUGCGAUGAUGUGGUAGCAACUGCCUUAGCAGUGGAACCAAUGAAAUUUGUUUACAGAGGCAGGAUAGCAGUAUUUUCGGUUAAUGUUCUACAUGAUGAGAGGAUCGUACUGGUGGCAGAGCAACGCCCAGACUCCUCUGAAGAAGACAGUUUCCAGUGGAUGAGCAGAGUUCUGCAGGCUAUAGACAGCAUUCAUCAGGUAGGAGUUUACUGCCUGGCACUGGUACCUGCAAACACUCUUCCCAAGGCACCUCUGGGAGGCAUCCAUAUCUCUGAAACUAAGCAGCACUUUUUGGAAGGCUCCCUCCAUCCUUGCAAUGUUCUAAUGUGUCCACACACAUGCGUCACCAAUCUGCCCAAACCACGCCAGAAACAGCCAGAUGUUGGCCCAGCCUCUAUGAUUGUUGGUAAUCUGGUCGCAGGAAAAAGGAUUGCACAGGCUUGUGGGAGAGACGUGUCUCAACUCGAGGACAAUGACCAGGCACGAAAGUUCCUGUAUUUAGCAGAUGUUUUACAGUGGAGAGCACAAACCACUCCCGAACAUCAACUUCUCUUGCUGUUGAAUUCUAAGGGAACGGUGUGCAGUUCUGCAUCAUGUUUACAACUACAUAAGAAAGCAGAACGUGUAGCUGCUGGUUUGAUGGAGAAAGCUCGUCUAAAUGUUGGGGAUCAUGUUGCUUUGGUAUACCCUCCAGGUAUUGACUUGAUUGCUACAUUUUUUGGCUGCCUUUAUGCUGGUUGUAUACCCAUAACAGUUCGACCGCCUCAUCCACAAAACCUUACAACCACCCUGCCCACAGUAAAAAUGAUUGUUGAAGUCAGUAAGUCAUCUUGUAUCCUUACCACACAAGCAAUAAUGCGUCUGCUCAAGUCCAAGGAAGCUGCUGCAGCUGUAGACAUCAAAACAUGGCCACCUAUUCUGGACACUGAGGACAUGCCCAAAAAGAAGAUCUCACAUGUGUUCAGGCCGCCCUCACCAGAGACCCUCGCUUACUUGGAUUUCAGUGUAUCUACCACUGGGAUACUAGCUGGAGUAAAGAUGUCUCAUUCAGCCUGCAGUGCCUUAUGUCGUUCCCUUAAGCUGCAGUGUGAGCUAUAUCCCUCUCGUCAGAUUGCCAUAUGCUUGGAUCCAUAUUGUGGCUUGGGUUUUGCCCUUUGGUGCCUCUGCAGUGUGUACUCUGGGCACCAGUCCAUUCUAGUUCCACCCCUGGAGUUGGAGACAAAUGCAUCUCUCUGGUUGAGCGCUGUUAGUCAGUACAAAGUGCGUGUCACUUUCUGCUCUUAUUCAGUGAUGGAAAUGUGCACCCGAGGCCUAGGCACACAAACAGGCACUUUGCGGUCACGAGGUGUAAAUUUGUCCUGUGUACGCACGUGCAUGGUGGUAGCAGAGGAGCGGCCUCGAAUCUCGCUCACUCAGUCCUUCUCAAAGUUGUUCAAGGAUCUCGGACUAUCCACAAGAGCUGUGAGCACCACGUUUGGCUGCCGUGUCAAUGUGGCAAUCUGUUUACAGCCCAACAGACUGGGCAAGCUUGCUGAUCAGGGCACUGCAGGCCCAGACCCAACCACUGUGUAUGUAGACAUGAGAGCUUUGCGCCAUGACAGGGUGCGUCUAGUGGAAAGAGGGUCCCCACACAGUCUUCCUCUAAUGGAGUCUGGGAAGAUUUUGCCUGGUGUGAAAGUCAUCAUUGCACACACAGAGACCAAAGGACCCCUUGGUGACUCUCAUUUGGGGGAGGUUUGGGUUAGUAGCCCACAUAAUGCUAAUGGCUAUUAUACAGUGUAUGGAGAAGAGGCAUUACACGCUGAUCAUUUCAAUGCAAGGCUAAGCUUUGGGGAUACACAGACCAUGUGGGCACGCACAGGGUACCUUGGAUUUCUCCGCCGCACUGAGCUUACAGAUGCCAGUGGAGAGAGGCAUGAUGCUUUGUACGUGGUAGGAUCUUUGGAUGAGACGUUGGAGUUACGGGGUAUGAGAUACCAUCCCAUUGACAUCGAAACAUCUGUGAUUCGUUCUCACAAAAACAUUGCAGAAUGUGCGGUUUUCACAUGGACAAACCUGCUGGUGGUGGUUCUAGAGCUCGAUGGUCCUGAACAAGAGGCAUUGGACUUGGUGGCACUGGUGACUAACGUAGUGUUGGAAGAGCAUUACCUGAUUGUGGGAGUUGUGGUAAUCGUUGAUCCAGGUGUCAUUCCAAUCAACUCACGUGGAGAGAAGCAGCGUAUGCAUUUGAGAGAUGGUUUCCUGGCCGACCAGCUGGAUCCUAUUUACGUGGCAUACAACAUGUGAACUGCAAGCAUUUGCUUCAUGCCUUAACCCCUUAUUAACUGGGUGAUGUGGGAGUGAAACAUAGCUGGGGGAUGACACUACUUACUACUUCCAUUCCUAGAGGUGCUGUAAUGCUGCUGUCUUCCUUUCCAGGCACUGUCUGGCAGGUGAAAAAUCUUCCUCCCAUUAACCAUAGAGCAUAAAUGCUUGACAUCACAGGUCCAGGGAGGAUCGUCUUGUAUCGUUGCCAUAAGUCUCCUAGAUCAGAAUGUAACUAGUGAAGUUUUACCUCUUCUUGUGACACUGGAUGUAGCAUUCCUCACACCCCAUUCCAACUGCUGCUCUUUCUGUGCAUUAUGAUAUGUUCUGCCUCCUGUGUUGUCGCCUUACAGAGCCCAAAUUCAUGCAAUAAUGUGAAUCUCUGGACCUCCUGAAGCUGAGCACAUAGUCUUUUUAUAUACCACGGGGGAGGGUGGAAGACCUUCCUCCAAGUCAAGUUGGACUUUUUUUUCCAACGUGUGAAUGUUCACCAGCCCUGAGCGAGCUGCUGCUUCACUUCUCCUCAGUGAACUGAAUGUAAUUAUGUACAGAGGCCAUGUAAUUUAUUUAAUGCAUCAAGCUAAAGGACAUUCUCAUUUGGUUCUAAACAGAGAAAGGACCACCUCAAUUUUACCACUGUAGUUUUUAUAGAAAACAAAAAAGAAAAAACAGAGAAAAUGCAUCAAGCACUCUGGAGCCUGACAAUGUUACAUGUGAUAUUACAGAAAUGGACAAAAAGCACAUUAAACAUUUUAAAAACUG